GCAGAAGAAAUUCUUUGCAAUAUCAGUAUAGCUCCAGAGAACGACCAUUAUUUGGUUAGCAUUGCAUGCGCCGCGGUCAUGAAGUGUAAUGGAUAGUGAGAUACCUCGAGGAUUGGACAUUUUGUUCGAUCAGAUUGAACGUAUCGUUGGCGGUGAAGAUUAGUCGAGUGCGUGAAUUCUUGUGAGCUGUUGAAUUCUGAGUGAACGUAUUGUCAUUGAAUAAUACAUCGUGUGAUGGCUGAAGCAGUUUGCUCGAAUGGUUCGGUGAUGCCUGGGAUGGAUGAAGAUGUUACGCGGCUGGGCGGCUUAGAUCUUGCGGAAAAUGUCCAGAUUGAUCCAGGAAAGAUCAUCACUGACUCGAAUCCGUCUCAAGCAAUGGAUUUUAGUUUGGCUGAAUAUCAGGAAAUUUCUACUGCCGAUCGAGUCGAAUGCACCAUUCCUGAAGAGAAACACACAUUGUCAGAAACGGACGUGAGAUCCGCUGCAAAUGUUGGAAACAUUGAGGGAAGGACCGAUUCAGCUGUAUCAACAAAGGAGUGCUCUUCCCAGCCAUUUUCUGAAGUUCAGAAGGAAGUUCUUGACCCUGGGUUGCCCCAGAGCCCAGAUAAAUUGUUCGAAUCUCCAAUUGAAGAUUCCACGCUUUUCAAUCAAGUUUCCUAUCUUGGGGUAGCAGCCUGUAAUGCGCCACGAAGUGAAGUGGAAAUUACGAGGAGCAUGAUCAUGCUAAAUCACGAGAAGCCCGAAGGAGACGUUUACAAUGUAUCAAUCAAGAUACCUCAUGCAAAUUCCGGUACUGUAGUGAUAUACGAUGGGGAAACUCAAGCAGAGAUUCGUAGAUUCCCGGUUUCCAAGAUAAUAUUCUGCGUCAAAGGGGGUGCUAAUACCGCAGAUGCUGCUUGUUUCGCCUUCACGUGUAUGCAAGGAGACAAUAAGGAGUCGGCUUUGUUCCAGUGCCACGUACUUCGGUGCCACAUCCCCGAAGCGGUGCCGAAAGUUAUGCGUUGCUUCGAGUUGGCUUUUAAACGCACCCGUCCUAAAGACGUUUUAGACGGUAACUGCAUAUCGCUGACUGAUCCGAGCGCUGGGGAAAGCGGUCGUUACACUUUCGAAGUUUUCCUUGAGGAGUUGGAAUCUGUUGACGGCAAUUUCUAUGGUGUACCGAAGGACAAAAACUUUUUCAAAUUGCGCUGUGAUACUGACAAAAGGGUGCAUAUGACUGUUCAAGAAAUCACGAACGGAAACCGGAAAGAAUUGGGGAUUGAACGUUGUUUCGGGCUGUUGAUCAGUCCCGGGAAACACGUUCGGGACGGUGACAUGCAGUUACUUGAAAUGGUUUCGAGCACGGAAUCAACCCCGGACGGAAAACAGCAACUUGUCAUCACUGGUCAUUGGGAUUCUUCCGACUCGGCUUUUGAACUACUGAACGUGGAAACGCAGCUCUCUUCUCUGGUAUUCAUGAGCGUGGCUGUGGAUUUAGUGCUGUGUGGCAUUCUCGUUCCUGUUCGUUUUACGAUUGAGACAGCCGCGAAAAUAUACCCAAAACGCGAACGAUUCUGGUACGUGCCCAGGAAGCAGCUGAUCAAGCAAUUUGUAUUGACGGUAAAGGCGACCGAGCCGUCGUCAUCCGGUGAACCAAGGUUUGAAGUGGUUGAUCUUUCAUCGGCUGGUGAACAGCAUAAAUCGCGGAAUCUGAUGAAUCUGAAUUUGAACAGUUUGUCAAACUUUGCCUCGUCUGCUCUUGCUGGAGCAGCGACCGCAGCGACUGGUCGGAAUAGUGUACCAGGAACUCCGGAUGGUUUCGAUGAUGAUUCUGAUUGGGACGACGACGAUGAUGAACCGGUGAUGAGUGGCAGUGGAGAGGUGAGCAAAGAGUGCACAGAAGCGCAGUUGACAAACUGGGGAGACGUUCUGAGUGACUGGAAAGCCCAGAAGCACGAUUUUUUGCCACCAUUCACGUCAGAAACUCCGAAAGUCGCUGGCCCAAAUGGAACCCUGACAUUAUCGCGACGUGUGCGAAGAAGUAAAAUUCCUCGGCAGCUAUUGAAUUACGUGAAGGAUGGCAUCCCAGAUCCGUUGCGAGGGGAAAUUUGGCAGUUACUGGCGGGCUGUGACGCGGAUCCCGAAAUGCUGGAUAAUUACAGGGUUUUGAUUGCUCAACCGUUUUUUCAAGAGCAAGUCAUUGAAAGAGAUAUUAGUAGGACCUUCCCUGGGCACGAUUUCUUCAAGGAUCGUCGUGGUUCGGGAGAAAGAGGAAUAAACGGACAAGAGGCUCUCUUGAAAGUCUGUAAGGCCGUGUCGGUGUAUGACAAGGAAGUGGGAUACUGUCAAGGAUUGAGUUUUUUGGCUGCUGCGCUGCUGUUGCAUAUGCCGGAAGAGCAGGCUUUUGCUUUGUUGGUAAAAAUCCUGUUUGAUUACGGGUUGAGGGACUUGUUUGUCGAUGACUUCCAGUUGCUGCAUAUUCGGUUUCAUCAGUUGGACGGAUUGAUUCAGGAGCAUUUGCCGGAUUUAGCUGCUCAUCUUAAGGAGGAGGGUGUGGAGAGUCACAUGUUCGCGUCUCAGUGGUUUUUAACCCUAUUCACUGCCAAGUUUCCGUUGUAUCUGGUAUUUCACAUGCUGGACCUGUUUUUGCUUUGCGGCCUUGACACAACUUUCCAGGUUGCUCUUGCGUUGUUGAGUGCCGCAAAGAAAGACCUGCUCUCAGCCGAUUUCGAAGGAAUUUUGAGGUAUUUUCGUACUGGGCUUCCUCGACGUUACCAUAAGUCGGAAGAAUUUGGGAGGCACUUGAUCCACCUAGCUGGAACUUUCAAAUUGAAAAAACUUGAGAAAUACGAACGGCAGUAUUACCUCCUGGCAGAAUCCUCUCGUAACAUCGACCCAACGAUUUUGCUCAAAAAGGAAAACCAUCGGUUGAUGGAAGAUAACCUCCGUUUGGAGAGAGAAAUUGACCGGCUUGUGAUGGAGAAAAUCCAGCUGAGUGCUGACUUGGACACUGUACAUGAGAAAAUUGAUACUUUGAGCAAAAACUUGAAAGGCGCCGAAGAAAUGCUGGCGGACACGGAAGACGAAAAGAAACGAAUGGAGACGGAAGCUGCUCGGGUGAAGGAGAUGUUCAAGAAGGAAAUGCUGAAGUGGGAGCGCGAGAAUUCGCGAAAUUUGCGAAUUAUUGAACAGUAUAAAUUGGCUGCCGCGGGAGAUGCAGAAGAAAAUUGUGUUACUGAUUCCACUGAUGCGGGUGACGUGAAUGGCGUCGAUGAUGACGGGGAUUUUUAUAAAAAUCAAGUCCGUGAAUUAGAGCUUAGUCUUGCUCAGACGAAAGUGGCGCUUGUUGAAGAGCAAUGCAAGAAUCAGAUGAUGGUUCAUGCUUGGCGAAAUUACGCUGAGUUUGCUUGGGGAGAGAAUGAGUUACGACCUGUGACAAGAACAGGCCACUCCGCGGGAAUUUUCGGGAAAAGUAAGCUGGGAGCGACGAUAGUGGACGCCAUGGAUACCUUGUAUAUCAUGGGGCUGUCUGAAGAGUUUGAAGAAGGAAGGAAGUGGAUUCAGAGUGACCUAACGCUCGAAGGAUUGAACACGUAUAUAUCCGUCUUCGAAACAAACAUUCGAUUUGUUGGUGGGCUGCUUUCAUGUUACGCCUUGACGGGUGACGAAAUGUUCAAGGAAAAAGCUGUGCACAUCGCUGAUAAACUGCUUCCAGCGUUUAACUCACCGUCCGGAAUUCCGUAUGCAUUAGUUAAUACCGCAACGGGUGCAUCACGGAAUUACGCUUGGGCAUCUGGCUCGUCCAGCAUUCUGUCAGAAGUUGGGACACUUCACCUCGAAUUCGCCUACCUCUCCAACAUCACCGGCAAUGUUGUUUACAAGGAGAAGGUUGAGCACGUCCGGGAUGUGCUCAAGGACGCACCGAAGAGCAAAGGGCUUUACCCGAAUUAUGUUAGCCCGAAGACGGGAAGAUUUGGACAGAAUCACGUUAGCCUGGGAGCUUUAGGAGACAGUUUCUAUGAAUACCUGUUGAAGGCUUGGCUACAAUCCAACAAAACAGAUGUUGUUGCGAAAACGAUGUACUCCGAUGCAAUGCAAGCGCUUUCGAAAGCUGUGCUGAAGGUUUCGCGGAGUGGCAUGUACUACGUGUCUGAUCUCAAGUACGAUCGCCUGGAGCACAAGAUGGACCAUCUGGCAUGUUUUGCCGGCGGUCUUUACGCACUUGGUGCUCACUACAUCAAGGAUUCUUCGUCCGAAUACUACCUUCGCAUGGGCGCGGAACUAACGUCUACGUGUCACCAGAGUUACGACUUGACGGCAUCCAAGCUGGGGCCAGAAAGCUUUCGAUUCGAAGGCGACGGAAAAAGCGAUGCCAAAGCGAUUCGAAAUUCAGAGAAAUAUUAUAUCCUGAGACCAGAAACAAUUGAAAGCUAUUUCAUACUCUGGCGGCUCACGAAGGAUCGGAAAUACCGGGAGUGGGGGUGGGAAGCUGUGCAAGCAUUGGAAGAACAUUGCAGGCUGGAGCAUGGUUACAGUGGGGUUAAAAACGUUUACAGUUUGCCGGUCAUCCACGAUGACGUGCAGCAGAGUUUUUUCCUUGCGGAAACCCUCAAGUACUUGUACUUGUUGUUCAGUGAUGACCAGUUAAUUUCCUUAGAUCAGUGGGUCUUCAACACUGAAGCUCACCCCCUGCCAGUUUUUGGCGUCAAAUCUGACGCUUGAUGUGAUAACUCAAAUCUAGUGAAACCUCUCCGGGUUCUGCUUUUAUUGGACAUCGUUGCGAAGUUUGUUUCGGUAGGUUUUGACGUGCAGUGAAAGGAUUUUUUACCCGAAAUUGACUGUAGAAAUCUAGUUCACGUGUAGCAGGCCACCAUCAUCUGCUCCCUUGGGCUCGUCAACCCUUUUCUUAAUUCGCAUUGGAGUUGAUAGUGCGUAGAAGUCCGAACGGAAGGGGAAUAGAUGGCUUAUCUCGACGCUUCCAUCAGAAUCCUCCUUCGAUAUUUUUAACUCUUACCUUUGUCUAACUUUUUAAAAAUCUCUAAAUUUCUGCUAUUUUCCUUGGAACCCGUUUCCCAAAAGUAUAAAAUGGGCAAACCCGCUUGUUUGAAGCAGAAGACAAAGGCUCAAAUAUCAAGCGUUCAGAAAAAUCUGUUAAUUUGAAUGUUGGAGAAGCAUCAGAACGCGUGAGAAGUGAUCGAUGUUGAAGUAGGGAGUGAGAAAUAAUUUCUCACAAAUGUUACCUGGCAUUGGCCGAUUGAUGUGCUCUCUUGCCGGCUGCCGCAGUACUUUUCUUUUUCAAACCCUUUCGCAAUAGGGUCAAUAUUGAGCGAAACGCUCCAGAUCUCAUUAAUAUUGGCGAUUGAUUGCAUUUCUUGUGACUUUUCUGGAUUCUUAUGUGAAACUCACAAUUGCAUUCCUUGUCGGUUCUUGGUCGCUGAGACAGUUCGUAGGGAAAUUUACGCUGGUGCUGUGAAGGAACGACAAAAAUCUUCGGUUUCUUUCGAGCAUUUUUUUUUUCAUCGCGGACCCUUGCCGUUACUGUUCCUUUGAUGGGAAAUAUCUAAGGAAGCUGUGAUUUGAAUUAUUGUUUUAUGAUUGGAUUGCAGUGUGCAGUGCAUUUGAGCGUGAAUGGAAAUCCCCCAAUCGUUUUCUUUCUUAUUUUGACCGUUCCGUUGCGUUGAAUUAUGACAGCGAGUUCAUUCGGGCAGCUGUGACACAUGCCUCUGUUGAGCUGCUUCUGAAUGGCUUGUUCAUUUAACGAAUUGUUGUUCGCUCAGUUUCGAUGAUUCCCCGUAUUGGUUUUUCGAGUGCGAAACGUGAUGGGAAAGAUCAGAAGUCGUGACUAAAGGAAAA